AUGUACUCACGGUUUCUUCACAAAACACUCACUGACAACACAUCGAAGCCUCCAAGUGGCGCCCUCUACCGCACCUCCAAUCAGCCACACUGCUUGUCCUUCCGCUCGUCACCUCCAGCUCCUUCGCCGGUUGCUCCUCUUGAUGACGUCACCACUAGUGCCCACACGCACUUGGUUGCGCCUCUAUUGAGGGCUUGUUCUGAGUAG